AUGCAAGAAGCAUCCUCAUCGUUGUCCAUCACCCAUGGCCCCUCCGAGCCAGCGCUUAUCCCAUUCUCCAUUGGCCAACUGCUCGAUCACCAAGCAGCCAAGUACCCUACCCACGAGGCUGUCGUUUUCCCAACAGAAGGCAUCCGAUACACUUACCAUGAGCUGAGCCAUCGAGUGCAGACUGUUUCCAAAGCUCUUCUGGCGCACGGAAUUUCCGCAGGGGAUCGAAUCGGGGUCUUUUCGGGCAAUUGUGCGCAAUAUGUGGAGGUAUUCCUAGCAGUCACGCGGAUCGGGGCGAUAACCGUGCUUCUUAACACCGCGUAUUCCUCUAUAGAGUGUCAGAAUGUGCUGAAGGAAACUGCAGGAUGCUCGAUGCUUUUCACUUCAUCACAUAUCGGCCAGCGGGGUCUGGCAUCAAAUAUAGGGGAUAUCAGAUUGUUGAUGGAAAAGAAUAAACUGCCAGACUUGAAGGAGAUUGUCCUACUUCAGUCACAUGGUCCACCUUCAGAAUACCGGCUGUAUGAAGACUUCCUCAAUCAAGCGAGUCGGAGGCCGGAAAUCGGGCUGAGCGAAGAAGUGGACAGUGACCAGACAUGUACAUUUCAAUUCACCAGUGGGACCACCGGAGCACCCAAGAUUGCCAUGCUGACUCACAGAAAUGUCAUCAACAACGGCAAUCUGAUCGGCCACCGUCUACAGCUAACACCCGAAGAUGUGGUCUGCUGUCCUUACCCUCUCUUUCAUAUAUUCGGUCUUGUCAUUGGUCUUCUUUCUUGCCUCACGCAUGGUGCCACAGUUGUAUACCCAUCACCAACAUUUGAUCCAGCAGCAGUUCUCCAAUCCAUCGUCCAAGAAAGCUGUACCGGCCUUCAUGGAGUGCCGACCAUUUUCAUUGCUCUACUGGAGAGAUACCACCAUCUCAAUCUUGAUUCAAUUCACAUCCGAACAGGUCUGAUUGGAGGUGCCCCGAUUCCAGCUGCGCUGAUCAAAGAUGUGCAAAGAGCCUUUGGGUUCGAAGAUUUGACAGUCGCCUAUGGAACGACCGAAACAUCGCCCAUCAGUUUCAUGUCUCGGGCCUCGGAUCAGCCAGACGAUGGUGUUGUAAUUCACAAUGCGUUGCUCCCUCACACGUCGGCCAAGAUUGUCGACCUAGAGGGUAAAGUGGUUCCUCGAGGAGUCCGUGGGGAGCUAUGUAUAGCGGGUUAUCUGGUUCAAGAAGGAUACCAUGAAAAUCCGACGAAGACUGCAGAAGCCCUCAGACCGGACGCGUCUGGAAUUGUAUGGAUGCAUUCAGGGGACGAAGCACUCGUUAAUGAAGACGGCCACUGUUUGAUCACGGGGAGAAUCAAAGACAUCAUCAUUCGCGGAGCGGAGAAUAUCUAUCCCGCGGAGAUCGAAGAGCGCCUGAACGAACACCCUGCUAUCUCGCAAGCCUGUGUAGUUGGGGUGCAGCACAGGCUUCUCGGAGAAGAAGUAGCAGCCAUUCUUCAGCCGGCUCUAGACCAGCCCCGUCCAUCGCGCCAGACGAUCAUUGACUGGGUGCAGACUACGCUAGGGACUCAGAAAGCACCUUCCUGGAUAUUUUGGCUAGGGGAUGACGGUAAUCCCAAAGCAUUUCCCAUCACAGAAAGUGGGAAGAUAAAGAGGAUAGAAGUGGCGGAUUUGAGCAACCAGUUGCUUGCAAAGAAAAUGCCAUCAGGGUAUAUGGGCCCUUCUGGGUUGAUGGACCCAACGACAAGGCCGCCCUGGACAACUGAGCCAGAGAAGAGGAACAAGUUCUGCCUACUCUCAUGAACGCAUUGAUCCCAUUUGUGGCGGCCCUGGACUACGCCACGGCGGGGUGACUAGCUUGUUAGUGGAUAGAUCGCUAGUGCUUGUCAUAGAAUAGAAGAAGACUAAGCUCUAUGCAGCAUUUAGAGAAGGCUUUAUUGGUA